AUGGUUUCCACAACAAUUCAAACAACUUUACCAACCUCACAACAACAACAACCCACCGCCAGGCCAGCAUCUCCACUGCUUGCAUCCCCAUUCAGGAGAAAGACCAUGAGCAUCACACAAACAUACUACCUGGCCCACAAGGCCCGGGCCAAGCUCUCCUCCGAGGCUCAGCGCCCCGAUCACAACCUCCGAAAGCUCGUCGGCAGCGCCAACCUGCUCGACGCCCUCAUGAUGGAGCUCGCCGACGCCGAGCGUGAACAGGAGUCUUGGUUCAACCAGUCCGUCCGUGCCAGCACAACACCCAAGAACGCAGAGAGGAGGGUGCAAUGGGCAGACACCGUCGUCGAGGAGCCCGAAGAUGACUGGGAGGCCGAUGACGCAGCAUCUGACUCUUCCGAUGAGGAGAGCGAAUUCGACGACGACGAGGACGUUGAGAUGGCAGACAUUGUCUCUCUGACCAGGGUAUCUUCUGCUGUCAACAAGACUGCCGUUUCCAUGGCCGCACAAGACAGUGAAUACUUUGACGACGAUGAGGACGACUACGAGCACCUGUCCUUGACGAGGUCACCAUCACACUCGGCCUCGCCGCCACCCCUGCCCGACUUGGACGAGGACGACUCGGACGUAUCAGAGGACGAGUCCAUGCCGCCGUCACCGGAAACGGCCGCUCUGCCUGCAUUCAACGAGGAGGCCAAGCAACAACAAGAAACACAAUCACCACCGACAUCCCCAACAGGGCAAGGGUUCUACAGUGAAGGAUACUACAUCCCACCUAGGAACCCUGCUGGGCUGAUCUCGGCCAUCUCGGUCUACUGA